GUCCUCCUUUCUCUUCCUGGACAGUUGCUGUAGGCAAUCUGGAGGUGGCGGCGGGUGCUUGGACCGCCUUGCCCCGGGUCCUGAGCAGGUUUGUCCACGUUCACUGACCAGCAUUUACUCCAGAUUCCACUCUGCUGAAUUCCUGUGGCGAGAGUCAUAAUUGCUGGCUGUUCAAGUCUCUGGGAAGGUGUAGGGGUGGCGGAGCUCCUGGCUGCCGGGAAGCAAACCUGCAAGUCGUUUCCAGGAACUUGUGCUGCAGGUGGAGAAGUUCUUGUGAGCCGCGAAGAUGCUGAGGCAGAUACUGUCGGAGAUGUUCAUAGACCCUGACCUGCUGGCAGAGCUCAGCGAGGAGCAGAAACAGAUCUUGUUCUACAAGAUGAGAGAGGAACAGAUCCGGCGAUGGAAAGAAAGAGAAGCAGCCAUGGAAAGAAAGGAGUCCUUGCCAGUGAAAUCCAGGCCAAAGAAAGAGAAUGGCAAGUCUGUGCAUUGGAAGCUGGGCGCUGAUAAGCAGGUGUGGGUUUGGGUAAUGGGCGAGCAUCAUCUGGACAAGCCCUAUGAUGUGCUGUGUGAUGAGAUCCUUGCUGAGAGGGAGCACCUGAGAGCAGCGAAGGAUGCAGAGCUCAGGAAAGCUCAGUCUCUACAGUUCACCAAUAGCUUAGAAAUAAAGUCACUGAACUGUGAUCUGCAAGCAGUGAAAAAGACAGAGCCUCAGAAUGUCACCAGGAAAGCAGCUGCAGAAGAGGCAACAGAUCAAGGACCCAGAGCAAUACCAACCAAGAAGGACGACAAAGCCCAAACUAAAGACCUCACCAAGAAAAAGGACAGUGAGGAACUGAAACAGACAGAGGAUGAGAAAACCAAGCAGAUAUACAAGAACUGGAAAGAAGACUCUGAAUGGCAAGCAUCUUUGCGAAAAUCUAAGGCAGCUGAUGAGAAGAGACGCUCCUUAGCGAAACAAGCCCGGGAAGACUACAAGAGGCUUUCUCAGAGGGGAAGGAGUGGCGACGGGCUGCAGAACCCACUGUCUGGUCCACAGAAGCCCAAAAGACCUCCUCUUCCUCCGAAGCCCCAGUUCCUACAGCCGCUGGGAAGCCCUCCAAAGUCUUUAGGGAAUCAGGGAGUGAUAAGGACCAAGACCAGCUUCACCCAGGAGGAAAUCAUCCGAUGGUUCAAAGAGGAACAGCUGCCAUUCCGAGCAGGUUACCAGAAAAACUCAGACACCAUUGCUCCCUGGUUCCAUGGGAUUCUCACACUGAAGAAAGCAGAUGAACUUCUGAGCACAGGCAUGCCAGGCAGUUUUCUCAUCCGAGUCAGUGAAAAGAUCAAGGGCUAUGCCCUGUCCUACCUGUCUGAGGAAGGCUGCAAACAUUUCCUCAUAGAUGCAUCUGCCAACUCUUACAGCUUCCUGGGUGUAGACCAGCUGCAGCAUGCUACCCUGGCAGAUUUGGUGGAAUAUCACAAGGAGGAGCCUAUAACGUCUCUGGGAAAGGAACUCCUGUUGUUCCCUUGUGGUCAACAAGACAAGCCACCCGACUACCUGGAGCUCUUCCAGUGACAACUCUCAUCCAGAUCAGCCUCUAGCCUCCAGCUGGGUUCUCCUCUGGACAGAUACCUCCGAGAUGGACAUUUGUGUCUGAUGCCAAAAUCUCUGUGUGACAGAGCCAACAGUGAACAACGUCUGUGAGGUCUUCAUUGGAACCUCUCUUCUGCAUAACUGCCGGAGUUCAGUUUAAAGGGAUAUUACCUCUCUCUCAUCCUCAUUCUGAAAGGGAAAGGGGAAAGGUACCCAUGUUAGCAACAUCCUAAUGUGAAGGUUAGGACCUAAAGGAUAUGACCAUAAUGAUAUAAGAUAAAAGAGAUGAGGGUACACUGAAAUCUUUUUAGCAACUAAGAUGUUAUUUUAAAAGAACAAGUGAACAAUUUUAUGAUCUACACACUCCCUUUUUGUUAUUCACUGAAAGGUUUCAGUAUUCUGUGUGUAUGAGCUUACAUCUUGGCUUUAGAAUGCUGGGAAAAAAUGUCCCCAUGGAGGGGUAAGAUUAUCUUCAAAAGACCACCCUUUCUGUGUCUGUUGGAGUGAGGAUAUAGAAGACAGAAGAGCAAGGCCCAAGUGUAAAUUGAAAGACAAGUUUUAAGACUUGGGAUCCAUAUACCAAAAAACAACCAACCAAAACCCCAGUGAAAAUAACCCUGAGUAUGGUGAUUUGAAUAUGCUUGGCCCAUAGGGAGUGGUACUAUUAGGAGGUGUGGCCUUGUUGAAGUAGGUGUGGUUUUUGUUGGAAGAAGUGUCACUGAUUGGGUGGGCUUUGAGACCCUCCUUCUAGCUGCCUGAGAGAUUCGGUCUUUCCUGGUUCCCCUUGGAACAAGAUGCAGAAUUCUCAGUUCCUCCUCUGCCAUACCUGCCUGGAAGAUUUGAUGCUCCUGCUCUGAUGAUAAUGUACUGAACCUCUGAAUCUGUAAGCCAGCCCCAAUUAAAUGUUGUCCUUUAUAAGAAGA